UGCUCGCUUUGCCUUGCUUUUUUUUCCUUUCUCUCUCUCUCGCAAUGCAAUCCGUUUGGCUCAGGGAGAAGUCCAAGUGCAAAGUGCAAAGUGCAAGUGCGCGAAGUCACAUGAAAUUGCGUCUUCGCCGUUCGGAGCGCCACGGAAAGGUCUUCGAGCAUAUCUCCUACAUACAGAGCCUACAUAGAUGCCCACCACAAUGGAUUACAUAUGGGAUCAGGAAGAUGAGCUUACUAGUAUAAAACGCUCGCCGAUUCUCCACGGACCAUGACUUCCUCCCAUCCGCAAGCGAGAAGCUAGAAAGUAGGUAGUUAGAGUCCUUGGCGAAACUGAUAGAUAUGAACGGAACAAAAACCGCGCCCCACCAUCCACGUCCAUCUCCAACCCCCGCCUCCUCCGCCGCCGCCAUCCCUCCUCCCUGCAAACGAUUCCGCCGCGCGAACAACAUGGCCGCCACCACCAUCCAAGAGCGAAGAAAGAACUCCGCCGCUGGAGGCUGGGUUAUCCAGAAGUUUGGCGGGACCAGCGUGGGAAAGUUCCCGGCGCAGAUUGCGGAGAAUAUCGUUGGACCCUCCAUGAAGGACAACAAGAUCGCCAUUGUAUGUUCCGCCCGGAGCACCGAUACCAAAGCGGAGGGCACAACGAACCGCUUGAUCCUCGCAGCGGAAGAGGCGCUGAAGCCGUCCUCGCGGUUAUACGUUGGGAUCGUGGACGCGAUCCGGGAAGACCACAUCCGCGCAUCGAAGGAGGUGAUCAGCGAUCCGGAGGUGCUGCAAUCCCUUCAGGUGGAGAUCGAGGAGGAGUGCGCACAUCUUGCCAGCUUCCUCGGUGCGGCGCAGAUCAUCGACGAGAUCUCCCCAAAGACCAAGGAUGCGAUCAUCGGGACUGGAGAGAAGCUCAGUUGUAUGUUUAUGGCGGCGUUAUUGAAGGAUCGGGGUAUCGAUGCCGAGUAUGUCGACCUCGGAAACGUCGUUGAUACUACGUACAACUCGAAGGGAGGGUUGAAUCAGGACUUCUACGAUGCGCUGUCGAAGAACCUGGCGGAGAGGAUAGAGCAGUGUGGAGACAAGCUACCGGUUGUCACUGGAUACUUUGGCGUGGUGCCGGGAAGCUUGUUGACAUCCGUUGGGAGGGGCUACACCGAUCUCUGCGCGGCGCUUCUCGCCGUCGGCCUAGACGCACACGAGCUCCAGGUGUGGAAGGAAGUCGACGGCAUCUUCACCGCCGACCCCCGGAAAGUCGUCACGGCCCGCCUGAUUUCGAUCAUCACCCCCGAGGAGGCGGCCGAGCUCACCUACUACGGCUCCGAGGUGAUCCAUCCGUUCACCAUGGAGCAGGUGAUCCGCGCGCGGAUCCCAAUCCGGAUCAAGAACGUCGAGAACCCCAGCGGGGAGGGCACCAUGAUCUUUCCCGACACGCUCGCACGCAAGGGUGAAGACACACCGAGCGAGAUCCCGCGCCACUUCCGGAACCGCUCGCACGACGCGCUGCUGCAGCCGCGCCACUUGCGGCCCACCGCCGUCACGACGAAGAGCAACAUUGUCGUGCUGAACGUCCACUCAAACCGCAAGAGUCUCAGCCACGGAUUCCUGGCGGGCAUCUUCCAGAUCCUGGAUCAGCACCAGCUCUGUGUGGAUCUCAUCUCUACGUCCGAGGUGCACGUGUCGAUGGCGCUGCAGUCCGAGGUCAAGGACCAUGCGUUGAAGCAGGCGCUCGAAGAGUUGAAGCGCCAUGGCUCCGUCGAUGUCAUCCGGAACUUGACCAUUCUGAGUUUGGUCGGCAAGCAGAUGAAGCACAUGAUUGGUAUUGCGGGCCGCAUGUUCACCACUCUGGCAAAGGCCAACGUCAACAUCGAGAUGAUAUCCCAAGGAGCGAGUGAAAUCAACAUUAGCUGCGUGAUCAAUGAGGACGACGCAAUCAGGGCUAUGAAUGUGCUCCACACACAGCUGUUUACAUAUCAAGACAUGUAAAUACAUAGCUUUUUCUGGUUGCUUUUUGUUGCUGUUUUCUGGCGUUGGAUAGUUCGAGCCACACUUUGGGAUUUUCUUGGUCGAUUUAGUUAGAAUACCUUCUGUAGGCUGUAGAGAUGAAGUCUAAAGAGUUGUUUUUUUGGGUUGUUUCUUCGUUGAUCGCAUGUAGCCUAUCAGAUGACAAAUUGGUUUCUGUUGGUUCGUUUGAUCAUACAUACUCGCAUUCGGCCUAACCACCGGUACACUACGGCGACUUAGCGAGUUG